AACGCGUCUACCAUUUUGUGUGUGUGGUGAACGCGUCUACCAUUUUGUGUGUGGUGAACGCGUCUACCAUUUUGUGUGUGGUGAACGCGUCUACCAUUUUGUGUGUGGUGAACGCGUCUACCAUUUUGUGUGUGUGGUGCACACGUCUACCAUUUUGUGUAGCCGUUAGCGAUGAUGCUAGCUAAUGAAAACAUCCUCUGGUAAAUGUAAAAGGUUUUACCAAACGUUGCCUCCAAACUUUAGGAUAUAAUUGCAGACUUUACAGAUGCUCUCUAUGCUUACCUGGCAGAAUUGUAUUCUGAUUAUUUUCAGCGGUCCAUUGGGUUUAUGAGUUAACUUUACCAUCACAUCUGACCUACAGAAACACAGCUAAACAGCCUCUUCCUAGGUAUACAUUUCAGUUACAGGGUAUAACUACACCCAUUCAGGCAACAACAAAUAAAUCUAAAGCAUUUUCUUGGGCCCUGGAGUAGGCAAGAUGAAACAUCUUGAAUGCCUGGGCAGGCUUAGUCAAAUGGGAGAAGUAGGCUAACUUUCCUCUCUUCAGACUCCCACGUGAGACAUCUUCAUUUGUCAUGUUCAGUGCCCUUUUUAAGAUGGAAAGUAGCCUUUCCUAGGCCACGGAAAACAAGCUAUAAUGCUGCCCCCACCGCAAUCUCUUUUCAGGGAGUCUACAACCCCCUUAUUGUGGUGGGGGCAGGUUCUCUACCUCUUCUUUGUUGUGCAACACAGUUCUGUCCUAAAUGGGAUUCGUUGAAGUGGAUGCCAGUCUUGAAGUUGAGUGUUUGUGACUUCCUUUUGAAACGGGGUGGCGGAUAAUUGAAAACACAGGCGGAAAGUGCAGGGCCUGUGCCAAGUUUUUUUUCUUCUUCUGGUGAGCUGCUCUUGUCAACGGAGCCGUAGUCCAAUCAGGAGCGAACCAACACAGUCAGCCAGAUGCUCUGCAUGACACAUGGAUCACGUCCAUAGCUGUGAUUCUUUCAGCAUUUCGUCUUCUCUUUAUACGUCAGCCCAUUUCGGUCAAAGUUAGGUUUGAGUUUUUAAGUUUACCAGAUAAAAACAAUUGCUAGCCUCAGUCUGCUCUUGUAGCUUAAAGUUGUUUAUUGGCUGAUGAAAUCCAACCGAUGCCAAGACCUCUAUCUUUGAAGGAAGAAAGGGAGAAACGGCAGAGACUAGCUCUCUGCCCCAAGGAGGUCUUUGCUUGGUUUAUACCAGUUUCUUUCUUUUUUUUUGUCUGUUUGAAAAUGAGUUUGGCCGUGCAGCACCUACAGAUCCUGCCAAGAAAAACUAUUUAAAUUCUUCCCUCAUCCAGCUGACUGAGCAGGCUGCAGGGAAGUUGUGAUGUCUGCUCUGCUCUGUGAUCACUCUUCAAGUCUCACUUUUCAUUAUAAUCUUUAUGCAUAGCCCCUAAAGUCUCAUCUUUUAAGACUCACCACCGCUGUAGGUGUUUUAACUAUGAGAAAUAAGGUCUUCUGAUUUAAUCGUCUCACUACUUAUAUUGAUCUUGCUGGAGCGUUUUAUAAGAUAUCUUAGUCAGUCUUUUUUAUUUAUUUUGACAAAAAUCUGAAUACACACCACAUAGCAACACAAAAUGUCCACAUAAAACCCUUUGGAAGCCAUCUUGGGGGGAAAAGGCCAAGAGGAGUGCACCGAGGGUAAGCAGCCACGAGUGCAGUGUGUAUUAUCUAGUCAUUUUGCUGCAUUAUGUCUGUCCGCUGCUUUGGUCAGAGUGGAAUUUCCCGGCCCAGAGUUUACUCUGGUAGAUGUUCAGCUAUUUGAACUGUCUGAGCAAGAGGUGAGUUUUGUUAGGUGGAGUGUAAACUCGUGAAACGUCGGUCGGCCGUCGCUGGGGCUGUGUUUUUGGCCCGGCCCCAGCUUCUGCAGUGUUGUUCCUGCCGCUGGGACGUUUGAAGCACCCCUUCCCCGCGGGGCUCCAGGAAAACACUCCACACUAGUUGUUUCCCACAUGUCUGCUCCUCUGUCUCCACUCGACAGGACAGCACAAUGUCUGGGGCUUCACAGGGGUGAAGGGAAGAAAGCAUGGGCAAUGCUUAGCUAUAUAUCUUGUGGAAAACAAGGUAGCCUUGACUCUGCUAUUAACUGGUCGUGUCAACAGUAGAAAGACGUCACCAUUGUCUUUCUUUCCCCUCAACCUUGGAACAGUGUGGAGUUGAGUUGUUUCCACAAAUUCAGAUGUUUCCAGGUUUAGGUGUUGCUACUGUGCUGAAGGUAGUAAAUGGCAUAUAUAUUGGUACAAUGCAGAGUAUGAAGAGGAAUGUGUAGGGGAGUCUAUUCCUGGAUGCUGAUUGGUUUAAACCGCAUUCCAGCCGGUAUCUAUUCCACAAGUUACCACCGGCUAAAUCUGAUGUUGACAUGCCUAUUUACUUUCCUCCAUCUGACUACGCAAUCCACUGUUUCAUCAUAGUAUCGUUUUCACAAUAUCUCUAUAUUAUUGUUGUGCUAGUUGUCUGUCCCUGCACCAAAACUCCUGUAUUUUUCCUUCAUAGCUUGUUCUCCAUCUUCUUUUUAAAUACGAAGCCAAUUAGUUUUCAGCACUUUUAUUUCCCCGACUGAUUAAAACUAGUUUUCUCACGUCUCUCUCUUGUCCCUCUGCAGCAGACAUAUAGUGAGCAAUAUGUUUGGAACAUAGAAUCCCAAUAAAAUCACAGUAUCGACUCGCAAUACAUUUAGAAUCGUGAGAAUUGCAAUACAUAUGGUAUCGGCACCUAAGUGUGGUGUUGUGAGGUCCCUGGUCAUUCCCAGCCCUAGAGAGGAGGCACACUGGUUCCUAAAUUCAGACUCACAUUUUAUGUUUAAGCAAUAAGGCACGAGGGGGUGUGGUAUAUGGCCAAUAUACCACGGCAAACGGAUGUUCUUAAGCAUAACACAACGCUGAGUGCCUGGACACAGCCCUUAGCCGUGGUAUAUUGGCCAUAUAUCACAAACCCCCCGAGGUACCUUAUUGCUAUUAUAAACUGGUUACCAACGUAAUUAGAGCAGUAAAAAUACAUGUUUUGUCAUACCUGUGGUAUACGGUCUGAUAUACCCCGGCUGUCAGCCAAUCAGCAUCUAGGACUCGAACCACCCAGUUUUAUAAUGACAUAUAUCCUAUGUAGGCCGAUACACAUUAUAGACACGAGAGUAUGUUGUCUGGGGCACAGCGUAGUGUGCUGGGUUAUGGGUCACAGUGGCGAGAGCUGCUAGGUUCAUAGUCCUGUUGGACUGCGAUACAGGACAACACUGUGGAGAGCGCUGGGUGUGCCUGGUGGAUAUUAUUUUCAUAUCAGGAUCCAUGCCUGCCACAUGAACACUCCUUUCCAACAUCUGGUCGUCUCUUUGACCUUCGGUGUGCUGCCGUCUCUGAUUGGCCGCAUUUAAGCAUCAAAGGAGCUUUUUGUGGUGCGCGACCCCCGUGGAUGUACGUCCAGCGCUGCUCUUACACGACGUAACACAGACAUAACGCUUGUGGUCACUGUUGUGGUGCGCGACCCCGUGGAUGUACGUCCAGCGCUGCUCUUACACGACGUAACACAGACAUAACGCUUGUGGACACUGCUUUGGCCUUUAGAUGGAGAUUUUCUAAGGGUUCUGUCUCUACCUUCGGAGUACUUUCUUUUUGACAGGAAGAUAAUUUAUGCCUAUUUAUAUGAUUAAAGCCGUGUAAAAGACCGUAAUAAAUCCAUGUGUCCUCCUGUCUCUUUGGUUUUUAUAAUCAUUUAGUUUGUCCCCUAAGGCCUAGCUAGUCUUUAAGUGUGUUUUUUUGGCAAAAGAAUGUCUGGUCAGGUGGGAUUCCAAUGUGAGGUAUUGCCAGGGCUGUACCAUGUGGACAAAUAUGAUAGGCCUGUAUGGAAUGAUAUGGAUAUUGCACACAUCUAUAUUACUACAGAGAUAAAUGCACAAUAACAAAUGGCCCAGUCUUAGGUGUUCAUGUUUGACAUAUAUAUAUUUUUUUACAUUUAAAUUAAAAAGUAAUCACACAAGUGUGUUUCUUUCAUCCAGAUUAGGCCGCCCACCUUCCAGGGACACCUGCAGCGUGUCACAACACUGAUUGAGACAGAGAAGCAAUAGGCAGGACGCUAGCCGAGAUGAUUGCAGAAUAACACAGUGUCCUUAUUUCAGCUGUUUCUCCUGGGGGUCGAUGUCUGUUUAACAGCUGAGCUGUAAGCUGUUAUUUCUCUCGUAACACUUUAUUAUUUGAAGGAACACAUUCUACCCAGAGGUAAUCUCUUUCCCUAUUGCACAGAGCCGUCGCCGGGGCUGUAUAAUCCCGCCCUGCCAUGCUGAAACAGGAUUAGCUCUCAGAGUCUCUGUUUAGCACUGUGUGGGAUUGGGUUGGGAGAAGACCAGGCAGUCACAGGCACUUGAGGCGUGCCUCUGAAGACAUUCUUUGUGUUUGAUGGAGUCUCCGGUCUCCACGCCCGCCACUCCACCCCUCCAUGUCAUGGCGCCGGUGGGCAACAGCAAUGACAGCAUCGCCUCACCCUGUGAGCAGAUCAUGGUGCGCACACGCUCAGUGGCGUCCAACACCACAGACAUGGCCUUGGCCACGGAGCCCGAGUGCCUUGGGCCCUGCGAGCCCGGGACCAGCGUCAACCUGGAAGGCAUCGUCUGGCAGGAGACCGAGGACGGCAUGCUGGUAGUGAACGUGACCUGGAGAAACAAGACCUAUGUCGGCACCCUCCUGGACUGCACCAGACACAACUGGGCCCCGCCAAGGUUCUGUGAGUCCCCCACCAGUGACUUGGAGAUGAGGAACGGCCGGGGCCGGGGCAAGAGGAUGAGGCCUAACGGAAACACGCCCGUCAACGAGAACAGCAACUCGUCGGACAACAAGGGCAGCGGCACCAGCAAGACUCGCGCCGCCAACAGCAGCAGCAAGGGCCGGCGGGGCACGCCGCCCAACAGCAACACAGAAGACGUCAAAGUCAGCCCUUCGUCGACUAACAAGCGCAAGAACAAGCCAGCCUCAGACAUGGAGCCCAACUCCAGCUCAGAGGACACCAAGGGCAGCAAACGCACGCGCACCAACUCCAACAGCGGCCCUGGAGGAGUGCCCCAGCCGCCUCACGCCGUCCUCCCUGGAGGAGUACCCCAGCCGCCUCACGCCGUCCUCCCUGGCAAGCCCAGCAUAAAGAUGGAGACACUGCCCCCGCAGCAACUCGACCGCAACUGCCCUUCGCCAGUGCUCAUUGACUGCCCGCACCCCAACUGCAACAAGAAGUACAAGCACAUUAAUGGCCUCAAGUACCACCAGGCCCGUGCCCACAAUGAUGAUGACAUCAAGCUGGACAUGGAUGGGGACAGUGAGUACGGGGAGGACUCUACGCUCCACCCCGAUCCGAGCAGCUGCAAUGGGGCCUCCAUCUCUCAAAAGGGCUGCUUGUCACCGGCCCGCUCAGUCACGCCCAAGGGUAGGGGCUUUGAGGCCCAGACUCCGUCGCCCUCCUCGGGUAAGUUUGGCUCCAAGCAAGGUAAAAAGAAGCCCUGCGAGGUCGAUCUAGAGGCAGGGGGCAUGCCCAUGGAUGGCUGUGAGGACGGGCCCUGCCUAACGGACGAGGCCAGCAACGACGGCAUGGAUGACAAGAAGGACAAGGCCAAGAAGACGGGUAGCGGCUCCAAGGCAGACAAGCUGGCCCAGAAGGGCAUGAAGUCAACGCGGCCCAUCGCCCCGACCAUACCACCUCAGCAGCUCUACUCCCUACAGACGGCAGGAGGCUUCCCUGCAGCCAGCCCUGGCUCCACCCCUGCCAUUGGUUCAGCAGUUCAGUCUAUCCCCAAGAGCCCUCAGCUGAAAGCGAUCCAGUCCAAGCCCUUGGCACUGGGAGACCCCUCGCCUGUGAACCCAGCGCUGAGCGGCUCCAAGGACAAGAAGAAGAAAGACAAGAAGAAGAAGGAGGCAGGAAAGGAGGGAGAUAGCCCCAAAGGGAAAGGGGGAAAGCCAGAGGAGGGCAAGAGCCCGUACUCUGAAUCUUCGGACCCGGGGAGCAAAGGCGACGGGCUGCUGAACGGCUCAUCAGACCCCCACCAGAGCCGGUUGGCCAGCAUCAAGGCCGAGGCGGACAAGAUAUACAGCUUCACCGACAACGCUCCCAGUCCCUCCAUCGGUGUGGCCAGCAGGAUAGAGGCUGGAGGCAUGGCCCAGCCCCUCACCCCACUCCAUGUGGUCACACAAAACGGAGCUGACAACUCCUCGGUGAAGACCAACAGCCCGGCCUACUCUGACAUCUCGGACGCGGGCGAGGACGGCGAGGGCCGGGUGGAGGGUGUCAAAGGAGUCAAGUCUGAGGAGCAGGCCACCCGAGAGGGGGCCAAGAAGGCCCUGUUCCCCACCCAAACAGCCAGCAAGGAGUCCCCCUACUAUCCCGGCUACGAGAAUUACUACUCCCCAAACUACGCCAACCCUAACCCUAGCCCGGGGGUGUCGGCCACGGGGGCCACGCAACAGGAGGGGGCCCAGGUCAAGGUGAAAAAAGAGGAGCAGGAGGAGCGUAAGGUCAAGCAGGAGCAGCAGGAGGAGCGUAAGGUCAAGCAGGAGCAGCAGGAGGAGCGUAAGACCGAGAUGGGUGCCUCUGGACCGGGGCAACAGCAGCAACAGGCCUCGGUCAUCCAGCAGCGCUCCAACAUGUAUAUGCAGCCUCUCUACUACAACCAGUAUGCCUACGUUCCCCCGUACGCCUACCACCCGGACCAGGCCUACCACAACCACCUGCUGAACACCAACCCGGCCUACCGGCAGCAGUACGAUGAGCGGCAGAGGCAGGUCGUAGCCGAGCAGCACCGCGCCGCCGAGAAGAAAUCAGACGCUGCGGGAAAGGAGCGAGAGCGAGAGGGCUCCUCAGGGAAGGAGCGUGGUGAGGAAUGGAAGCAGAAGGCUUUGGUGCCCCCCACCCUCUCCAAGGUUCCCAGUGUCACAGACCUGGGCAAAGGUGGGCUGCCCCAGGGCAAGCCGCCCAAAGAGCCCUCGUCCUCCUCGGAGCAGACCAAGUCAUCGGUCAUCAUGCCCAAGGGGGAGGACGCCAAGGCGCCGGCACAUCAGGCUGAGGGGCUGAAGAUGAAGCUGAGUGAAGGAGGGCACCACGGGAAGGGGGAUGAACCCAAGGCGGGCAUGGAGUCCGGCAGGCCCUCGGCCAUGGAACAGGCCAUGUGGUACAGACAGGAGCCUGACUCGCGGCUGUGGCCUUACCUCUACCCCAGCAAAUACCCUGAGGCCCAGAAACCACAGGACGUGGAGCGCCACAGGGAAAGAGACAGAGACCGAGGAGAGCGGGACAGAGACCGAAAGGGCAAGGAGGGCAGGGACGAGAGGGCUCGGCCCAAAGACGUCACCCCAAAGGAGGAGAGCAAAGAGGGGGUUGAGCCCCGGUUGUCUUUGGCCUUGGAGGAACACCGGGGGGUAGGAAAGGACCCAAGGGCCACCGCUGGCCACAUGCAGUUCUCCUCUCCCAUGGCCCAGCACCAAGGCUACAUGCCUUACAUGCAUGGAGCCUACGCCUACGGCCAGGGCUAUGACCCCAGCCACCCGGGCUACCGCGGGCUGCCAUCAGUCAUGAUGCAGAACUACCCUGGGUCCUACUACUCAUUCUAUGGCAGUAAGAUGGGGCCGGGCGAGGAAGGCGGCGAGAAGGCGGCGCGCGCCAGCCCCGCGGUCGGUGGCAAGUCGUCCUCCGAGGCCAAGGCCCUGGACAUCCUUCACCAGCACGCCAGCCAGUACAAGAGCAAGUCGCCCACGGUCGGCGAGAAGACCUCCUCGCAUGAAAGGGAACGGGAGCGCGCUGUGGCCGAGCGAGACAUGGACCGGCCGCGUUCCUCUCCCUCACAGCGCAUCAUGCCUUCCCAUCACCACCUGGGCUACCCGCUGCUCUCGGGGCAGUACGACCUGUCCUACGCCACAGGUCUCUCUUCAUCAGCCAUAGUUGCCAGUCAACAAGCCUCCUCCCCCUCCAUGUACCCCCCUGCACGGAGAUGAGAAUGGGAGACCUGAUUGGCUGACCUCGACCUUGCUUGGAGCCAUGUGACUGGAUCACACGAAGAAGCCUGCUGCAGAGCUCAUUUUAAGACAUCAGUUCAAUGGUGUUUGGUGUAUUUUUUUUAGUUUCUGCCUGGUUGUUCCGGCUGUUCUGCUUCCUCCUCCCUCCGCUAGUGGGGUGGCCACCCUACGGCAGGGCUUCCCGUGGCUGGCUUGAGGGCUCGCCGAGCCCCCUCCUCUGUCCGGCCAGCCUGUCACUCCUUUGCACCACUCACGUGAUGGACUAAAAGGUCUGAGGGACGGCCUGACGAGGCUGACGCGUUCUGAUGGAGUGAGGCCUUAUCACACGGACGGGCCAUAUUGGAAGUGGAGAGUGUAGAUGGGAGAGGGGUUCAAUCAGAAACAUACUGGAUUAAGUUUGGAAUCACUACAUAGAGAUAUGGACCUAUUGGAUUGAUGGCUGACCCUGAGCCUGAGCGUGAUAGGGUUGCAGCUUGACUUCUGGGUUCUUUCAUCCAUCCACCAAACUACCCACUGACCCGGAGAACAUUUUGAGACAUUCAUUGCAUUGCAAUGGACCCAUGUUUUUCCCCCUUCUGUUAUUUUUUUGGUGGGGGGGUCGUUGUUUGGGCCAGAGGAGGGGUGACUGAAAGGGGAGCGACUGGUUUUCGUUGUCUCCGUCCCUCUCCAACACUCUGGGCUUUCUAUGCAAGCCGAAGCUGCUCUUCUCCUUAUACUGACAGAGACAGCCCUCCUCUUCCUCGGUUCAGUUUCAGGGGAGGAAACAUUCAAGUUCAGGCUCUGUUGAAUCUGUAGUUGUUUGUGUGAAAAGUUAUCAAUCGCCAACUUGAGUUCAUUCAGAGUCAAACUAUCCGUGUUUGUUUUUUUGUUGCUUUUUAUUUGUACACGGCUUUUUAUUUGUACACGGCUUUUUAUUUGUACACGGCUUUUUAUUUGUACACGGCUUUUUAUUUGUACACGGCUUUUUAUUUUUGUGCUUUUUAUUUUUGUGACAUGAAUAGUCUCAUCACUAUUCAUGUUUUUGUAUUAUUUUAGCAGUUUAUUUGAUUUGUUUUUCUUUGUGUGUCUUGUUGGCUUGACGGCUGUGUUUCCAUCUCACUCUGACCCAGUGGUAAAACAAACUCCUUUGGCUGUUUGUGUCUGUGUUGAACACUUCUGGCCUUUCUGUGGUGGCGGUGACAGCUGUCUCCUCGUUUCCUUUCCCAAAGGGUCAUCCAGUUUACAAAGUAGCUCCAAUGCAUCUGCUCCAGCUCCCAGCUCCUCAGCAAGGACCCCGGCUUAAAGGGAGAGGAUAUAUUUGUGCCUGGAGGUACUUUGGCUUAGAGAGAAGAGGAACGGAGAGGAGCAGGGAUGUACCAUCCUGGUGCUCUUCGAGCUCUGUGACCCGGCAGGUUGCGCUAAUCAGAGGAGCUGUCUGGACUCUUCAGAUGCUACCUCUAGUUCCAUCCAUCUUCACUGGGCUCUGCAGAGGGGGAGAGGGGUUCUCCGACAGGCAGACAGGCAGACAGGCAGACAGGCAGACAGACAGGCAGACAGACAGACAGGCAGACAGACAGACAGACAGACAGACAGACAGGCAGCCCAGGUCGUAAAGUGCACAAGGCUUUUGUUUUGUCUGUUUGUGCACACUGUCUGGGACCUACAUGGCUAUAUGAGAACGGUCUGCAAGCCACAGUCUGGCAGUCGCUGCUGCUAGUCUCUCACCAAACUGCAUCAUGGGUUAUCUGCAGUCCUCCCUCAUCAAUGGACAUGUAAGAACACAAAGGGAAACUCUCUCUAGAGCUGUCAGUGGAUGCUCAGUAGAUAUGACUGCUGCACUCACUCUCCCUCUGUCCUGUAGUGAUGGAGAGACAGGCAGCUCUCUCCCUCUGUCCUGUAGUGAUGGAGAGACAGGCAGCUCUCUCCCUCUGUCCUGUAGUGAUGGAGAGACAGGCAGCUCUCUCCCUCUGUCCUGUAGUGAUGGAGAGACAGGCAGCUCUCUCCCUCUGUCCUGUAGUGAUGGAGAGACAGGCAGCUCUCUCCCUCUGUCCUGUAGUGAUGGAGAGACAGGCAGCUCUCUCCCUCUGUCCUGUAGUGAUGGAGAGACAGGCAGCUCUCUCCCUCUGGCCUGUAGUGAUGGAGAGACAGGCAGCUCUCUCCCUCUGUCCUGUAGUGAUGGAGAGACAGGCAGCUCUCUCCCUCUGUCCUGUAGUGAUGGAGAGACAGGCAGCUCUCUCCCUCUGUCCUGUAGUGAUGGAGAGACAGGCAGCUCUCUCCCUCUGGCCUGUAGUGAUGGAGAGACAGGCAGCUCUCUCCCUCUGGCCUGUAGUGAUGGAGAGACAGGCAGCUCUCUCCCUCUGUCCUGUAGUGAUGGAGAGACAGGCAGCUCUCUCCCUCUGUCCUGUAGUGAUGGAGAGACAGGCAGCUCUCUCCCUCUGUCCUGUAGUGAUGGAGAGACAGGCAGCUCUCUCCCUCUGGCCUGUAGUGAUGGAGAGACAGGCAGCUCUCUCCCUCUGUCCUGUAGUGAUGGAGAGACAGGCAGCUCUCUCCCUCUGUCCUGUAGUGAUGGAGAGACAGGCAGCUCUCUCCCUCUGUUCUGGCCUGUAGUGAUGGAGAGACAGGCAGCUCUCUCCCUCUGGCCUGUAGUGAUGGAGAGACAGGCAGCUCUCUCCCUCUGGCCUGUAGUGAUGGAGAGACAGGCAGCUCUCUCCCUCUGGCCUGUAGUGAUGGAGAGACAGGCAGCUCUCUCCCUCUGUUCUGGCCUGUAGUGAUGGAGAGACAGGCAGCUCUCUCCCUCUGUUCUGGCCUGUAGUGAUGGAGAGACAGGCAGCUCUCUCCCUCUGUCCUGUAGUGAUGGAGAGACGGGCAGCUCUCUCCCUCUGUCCUGUAGUGAUGGAGAGACGGGCAGCUCUCUCCCUCUGUUCUGCCCUGUAGUGAUGGAGAGACGGGCAGCUCUCUCCCUCUGUUCUGGCCUGUAGUGAUGGAGAGACAGGCAGCUCUCUCCCUCUGUUCUGGCCUGUAGUGAUGGAGAGACGGGCAGCUCUCUCCCUCUGUCCUGUAGUGAUGGAGAGACGGGCAGCUCUCUCCCUCUGUCCUGUAGUGAUGGAGAGACGGGCAGCUCUCUCCCUCUGUCCUGUAGUGAUGGAGAGACGGGCAGCUCUCUCCCUCUGUUCUGCCCUGUAGUGAUGGAGAGACGGGCAGCUCUCUCCCUCUGUUCUGCCCUGUAGUGAUGGAGAGAUGGGCAGCUCUCUCCUGUAAUAUUUAUUCAAGGACUUCUAGUUGUGGAGUGCUGUGUUACUGGGAGUUGGCACAUGCCCCUGUUAAUGUUUUGGUGAAUGAGAGCAAUUGCAAAAUGGAGUCUCCUGUAGGCCCAGCUCCUCUCACCUUCCUCUCCUUUCCAACUCUGUCUGUCUUGUCUGUCUGUGUGUGGCUGCAUGGUGGAAACAUUACCCCGCACAAUGUCCUUCCUAGUGGAUCAAGUCAGAUGCACAUUUGCUUUGGGACACUGUUCCCAUCCCCGCCCUCUUACUGUGCUUUCUGUUUAUAGUGUACAGAGGAAUUAUUUUUUCAAAGGUUGUUGGACGCUAUCGGAAAAUGUCCUAUGCUUUCUGUCUUGUUAGCCUUCUUCCCCCCUUUCCGUUGAUAUGAUAAACUGUGGACUCCACCCCUUCAGUAGCCUCUGUUUCUAUUGACCCCUCCACCAGUAGUAUCCCCUCUCCUGAAGCCUAUGAUGCCAUUUUAGUCCCUCGUCGCACACAUUCCCAAGCCGCCCCGACCACCCUCAAGAAAACAAGUCACAUUUCAACCAUGUCGUUUUAACCCUCAUUUGUUGCUCUUGUUUUUUUUGUUUUUGGGUUCCAUGAGAUACUGCUCAUGAAUGCUUUGUAUUGUUAUUACUACCUGCCGGGAUAGACAAAGGCUGAGGGCCGGGCUGAGGGCAGAGCAGCUGUGCACAGAGGAGUGAUAGAGAGGUAGAACUCAGCAGAUUCUCCCACUGCGUCCUCCCACUAAUCCUGCCGCCGCACAGCGCCCACUCAACCGCUUGUCUGUAAAUCAGUAAAUCUGAUUCGCCGUGAUGCUUUCCUUGCCCUUCGUGGAUCUGGCGUGCUUGGUAGAGCAGCACAGGAAAUCUGAACUAAUAAAUUCAAUUUUUUUUGUGUGUGUGUGUUUUAUACAUAAAUGUGAUUUAGCGAAGCCGAGGGGAAUUAGACGUUUGUUGUGGCAGCGGCGGUUAAACAGACCUCAAAGCCACUGAAGUGGCGUUUUAUUCACCAAGAGAGCAGGCGAAUGCUAUCAUGAACAAUUAAAUAGUCCAUGCUCAGAGCACUGCCCCCUGUGAGAGUCCAUUCAUUCCAGUAAUACUCUAAUAGUUCUCCUAAUCAGACACGUUCCAGUUCAAUUCCCUGCUAAACACUAAUAUAAGAGGCCUGUAGGAUCCACAACGAUCCAGUCACUAGAAAAGGGGAUCUCCAUUCAAGUCAAUGUUCAAUGACGGCUGGAACGCCAUUCUAUUGCUUCUAUUUCUAUGGUAGGCUCAUCAAGGUUGACUUUGGUUCUGUCCUGUAGUGAUGUCAGUUCAUAUGUUACUGGUGUGUGAAUGUUGUUGACAGGUGACCUGGUUGAUAGGCCCUACUCUCACCACAAUAUUGUUGAUGCUCAGCCGUGAUUGGAUGCUGGCACAGAUUUUAAUUUUUUUCCCCCCUGUCCUUUUCUCUGAAGUAGAGGGUUUAUGUUUUGUUUGGAAAUAUGUCUUGUCAUACAAUGGGAGAAGAGCCAGUGUUUAAAAAAAAUAAAAAAUGCUUUUAACACGUUCUGUAUGGAGUGAGAUGGUAGGUGAGGUUAGAACCAGAUUAUAUAUUAAUAGUCAUUUAACGGGUCUGUUAAACCACAACCUCUGCUGAUGAAAAGUUUUUUUAUUUUUUAAAUGAUAAGCGGAAAAAAGCGCUUGAUACAUUUUUUUUGAGGAUCGAGUUUGGGGAUUUUUUUGUUUUUUUUUAAUACAGAGAAAUGGGUUAAUGACCAUACUCCCACGGCAGCUGUUGUUGAGGUGUUGUCUCACUGUGCUUGGGUAGUCUGUCAUUCCUUGUGUUACUCACGCCGCGGGAGGACGAAAUGUUCCUGUUGGAUUUCCUUUUCCUGUUUCUUUAUUCAUAACCCCGCCCCCUAAACCCACGUCCACAGAGCAGUGGCUCGGUAUCAGUCAUCGGUAUCAGUCAUCGGUAUCAGUCAUCGGUAUCAGUCAUCGGUACUUGAAAGAAAGAUGUUUACAGCUUUUUUUAUUGCUAUGUUUUGUUUUGGUUCAUCCCCCUCUUUGCCCCCAAGUGUUUCUCUCUUAUGUAAAGUGUACAUUGCCACAUGUCUUUUUUUAUACAAUACUGUAACUUGCCUUUGUACAUUUAGGCAAAAAAUAAAUCUUUUUAUGAGACAAUCA